AAUUACGGUUUCAUACUAAAUCAUGUCGCUUGUAGAUUUUUUUUAUUAAAUUGCAACAUGUGAUCGCUUGUACGUAAAUAUUCGGUAUAAUGAGCUUUAAAUGGUUUAUAUCUUAAGAAAAAUAUUCCGAGAUAUGGCUAGCAUGUCCAUGAAUCCCUACGAAGAACAGCUGUACACUGUGUUUAAAACCUUCGACGUAGAUAACGAGGAAGCCUUAGACAGAUCAUCAGUGCUUCAGCUUUGUGACACGUUGCAGCUAGAAGACCGCGGCGCAGCCCUCGUCGAUACGCUUUUCGAAAGGCAGAGCGACCGUGUCACGUUUGCACAAUUCCGCAACGGACUUCUCUCCGUACUUGGCAGUGAAACUGUAUCGCAUCCUGAACAUUCCAAGAGUAAGGAGUGUAACCACGUCGUACAGCCCAAUGCCUCUUUAUCGCCGCAUAGCGACGACGAUUCUUCUGGUAGAGAAGUAGCACCCAAAUUUGUGUUUGGUUCUAAAAAGUACGGACGUCGAUCACGUCCUCAGCGAACAGCUUCAGAAGAAUCUCCACGCCAUCGUGUUGCAUCGGAGUCGAGGCUUGAUUGUGCAAGAUCACGACAACGCAUGAGGUGCAAACGCAGUGCCUCUGCAAUGGAGAGUCGUGAUGACUCUGCUGUUGAUGAUGAUAGUGCAGAUUUAGACCACGACCGACGAGUAAAUCGUGAUCGAGCACUUGCACUUUGUCGUGGGCUUCACAUGCACGGAGUUGAUCGUUGUCUUGUUGACCGCAUAUUUGAAGCCUCAGCAGCAGAAGAGCUUACUGUAGGAGAAUUUUUCGAUCAACUGAAUUCCUCUCUUACUACCUCAAUCGCAGCUUCGCUCGACGGAUUAUCAACGAAUGAGAGUUCAACUUUUAAAACUGAUGUAGUUUCAAGUGACACAGUUGUUGAGGCUUGGGAACGUGCUGGAGUUGAGAGACCGAAACGUUUACUUAUUGAAUUAGGUUUUGCAACCGCUGCGCUUCGCCCUUUCGAACUGGAACGAGUUCUAGACGAGGAGCUACGAGCAUUAGCUGUACCUUCUGAUGCAGCAACCGAUGCUCGCUCGCUGCUGCUCCUUGCCGCGCAUGCACUUACGCGUAUGCGCUUGGACUCAGCUUGGAGACUCUUGGACGUAGCCCGUGCUGAACGUGACAAACUUCGUGAUGAUCUUGCUGAAGCUAAUGGACGAGCAAGAAUGUUAGCUCAGGAUGUUGAUGAGAAUCAUGCACGGAUAGAAGCUGAACUGAAAUCAAGUCUACGGCAGGUGGAAGCACGACAUGCUGAGGCAGUUCGUGUUGCGGCUGCUGAGACUGCAGCUGAGAGAGAACGUGCUGCAGCAGCUCAUGUAGCCCUUGAGGAAGAGGCAACUCGUCGUGCCGAAACAGAAGCAAAGAUGCGAGCUGAAAUAGCUUGUCUUCGCGAACGUAUAGAUGAAGUCCAGGAGCGUCUGAGAGCAGCUGAGGUCCGUGCAAUGCAAGCUGAACGCGAACAGGCCAAGGCACAAGAAGUGGCACGCGAAGCGGAAGAACGAGGGGUAAGACUCGCAGAGCGGGAGCGUGAAGCCGCCGGUGAGCUGAAUGCCCGACUGCACGAACUCCGCUCCGAAAACCAACGCCUGCGCGACCGCAACGACGAGCUGUGUUCCGCGCUCGAAGUCAGCUCGCGGUGCGCGGCCGUCGAUGCGCACAUCGCGCCCUCGUGGCGCGACGAGGUGGCCAUGAACGUACCGGCUAAACUCGAGGAAUGUGAUCUGUCGUUACUACCGAAUGAAAGGAAACCAAUCGAUUCCAGAGAGAUAUUUGCGAAACUUAAAGUUCUAUUUAAAAGUAUUGAGAGCUUCCCGACGAGCGUUCGAGGUGGUUGUCGUUUGUGUAGAUCUGUCAGUGAAACAAUUUCAUCAAUGCAAAGAAUUAUGCAGGAACAGAGUGAAGAAAUGUUAACACCAUCGUUAGCUUCGAACGUCUGCAUCAAAACCGAUGUUGCCUUACAGACUGAGCCCAAUGUAAAUAAUGCCGAAGACAUAGAAUUAUUGAAAAAAGAUCUUAUAGACAUCAAACAAAAAUAUGAGGCCGAAAAGCAGAACUCAUCCACUGUGAUAAAGGAAUUGGAAUCGAGCUUGGAACAGAUGAAAGUAGAGUACGACAAAUGUGAGGAUUACUGGACGUGCAAGCUGGAGGACGAGCGCGAGGCGUUCGCCGAGGAGCAGCGCGCCGGCGACGAGCGACUCGCCGACCUCGUCAGCAAGAUCGCUGACUACGAGCGACAGUUCGCGCCCGUCGCCGCCCACCCACACGGGCUGCCCACCAUCGACGAGAAGUGCAGUCUCGAGCUCCAGUUCACCGAUCUCGAGGAAGAGUUCGCCAAGUAUAGGACCGAGAAAGAAGUCGAAAUAACUAACAAGGCGGAAGAAAUAAAGCGAUUAAAGGCAAAAGUAGAAGAGUUGGAGCGACGACAACCGCCGGCCGACGGUGCGAGUCGUGGCGAGAGACGAACGCGCGAGUCGCCGCCCGAGCGACCGCUCGUCCUGCACUGUGCAGACUCGCACGACGUAGCGACGUGCGCGCGCUGGCGGGCGGGCGCGGCGGCGGGCGCGCGCGAGUCGGGCGCGCUGCGGGCGCGCGCGGCCCGCGCCGAGCGCGCGGCGCAGCGGCUGCACGCGCGCCUGGCGGCCGCCGACCUGCUCGUCAAGGACCUGUACAUCGAGAACUGCCGCCUGGCGCACCUGCCGCGCCUGCCCUGACGGCGCCGCCCGCGGGCCCGGCCGGCGCCGGCGCUGCGCCUGCGAGGGACGAUCGCUCGGAGCGCAUCGGAGGUUUCGUUUCUAACGGCGUCGAGCGGUAUCCUCGCCGUCGUUCAGUCGUUCGUUUAUUUCAUAUUUUUAUAUAUUUGAAUUAGCAACGACAUUAUGUAUCCCCGAGUAUGUAUAAAGUACGAAUAUAUAUUGAGAUUGAUAUUAUACCGCGGUUGCAAAUAUAUAUAUUGUAAAUAAUAUGUUUUAAUACGUUCAUAUAUUGUUCAGUAUACACACCAAUAAUAAAUACAUUAUUAACUGUAUUCUAUUGAACGCGUUUCUGGUAAAAAGCGGACCGAGAUGAGGCUGUAGGCGAUGCGACCGUCACGGCUCCCUAGUGAGGUAAUCGAAGAAGUGAAUUUACUAGAUACAUAGUCGCGGCGAUUGCCUGUAUCCUUUCGAUUGAUUCGGUUCUAGUUAAAUACCAUGUAGCAAAGGGCAGUCCAAAUUGAAUGCGGGUUCAAUAGUUGUAUACCUGCGCCGUAUACAAGUCUGAUUGCAGUCUGUUUCAAUAGUAGUGCACCUUCACACAUUCUCAUAAAACUCGUUUCGACGUUGACCGCGUUGUCGUGAAUCGAUAUGUAAUAAAUUUCCAUUCAUCGAGUAUCAUUAACGUGGUUAUUAGGUCGUAACAUUUCGAUGAAGGAGUAGAUAGAUGUACUUUUGGUCCAAAAUUAAAAUUAUUUAGUGAAUAACAUCGGUUAGGUAAAUAGUUGCAAUUUGUAAUCACUAAAACAAAUAUUCAAUAGUUUUUAGGCUCACAGGAAAUGCUAACGAUUGAAUAGUUUCGCAGUCCAUUAUCGUGUUAAUAUCUUAUGGAUUUAUUUGUAUAAGUUUAUUCCUGUGCUAUGAAGCUCUAUGCCUCGAACCAAAGAGAUACUAGAAGUGGCAUGCCUCAAAUGUUGUGUUUAUACUUUUGUUACUUGAAAUUAUAAAUAAUAUAUAUUUUGUACAUUCAUAAUUUGACAAUAGAUGCCAUUUCUAGAUUUCUCUACGACUAGAGUCUCCAGUAUGUCGAACAAUAUUUUUAUCAACAUAUAUGGAUAUAAUCCAUAAACCUAAUAAGUGCCUUUUAUUGAUAUGUAACACAUACUUCUGUACAUUAAUUAUAUUGUUAAAGAAUAUAACAUAAGAUAAAGUUGUUUGCAAGAAGGAACUGUU